CUGAAGGUGAAAGCUGAUUGGCUGCAGCCUCUUUGCACUGACACGUGAUUUUCAGAUAAAAGCUCAAACCGGUUUAUGUUUUCAGGAAAUGAAACUCGCACAGUCAUUGUGACUUAGAGCAGAAAUGGAGCAGAAUCAGCUCGACAGAGAAACGUUCUCCUGUUUGAUCUGUCUGGAUCUACUGAAGGAUCCGGUGACUACAUCCUGUGGACACAGCUACUGUAUGGACUGUAUUAAAACCCACUGGGAUGAAGAGGAUCAGAAGAGGAUCCACAGCUGCCCUCAGUGCAGGGAGACAUUCAUACGGAGGCCUGUGCUAAAGAAGAACACCAUGCUAGCAGCUUUAGUGGAGCAGCUGAAGAAGACUGGACUCCAAGCUGCUCCUGCUGACCACCGCUAUGCUGGACAUGAAGAUGUGGCCUGUGAUUUCUGCACUGGAAGAAAACUGAAAGCCAUCAAGUCCUGUAUAUUCUGUCUGGCCUCUUUCUGUGAGAAACACCUUCAGCCUCAUUACGAUGUGGCUCCAUUUAAGAAACGCAAGCUGGUGGAGCCGUCCAAGAACCAUAAAGGUCAUGACACAGUCUCAGCUGCAGCAGACAGGACUGAGAGGCAGAGAGAGCUGGAGGAGAGACGAGGAAACAUCCAGCAGAGAAUCCAGGACAGAGAGAAAGAUGUGAAGCUGCUUCAACAGGAGGUGGAGGCCAUCAAUCGCUCUGCUGAUAAAACAGUGGAGGACAGUGAGAAGAUCUUCACUGAGCUGAUCCGUCUCCUCCAGAAAAGAAGCUCUGAUGUGAAGCAGCAGAUCAGAUCCCAGCAGGAAACUGAAGUGAGUCGAGUCAAAGAUGUUCAGGAGAAGCUGGAGCAGGAGAUCACUGAGCUGAAGAGGAAAGACGCUGAGCUGGAGCAGCUCUCACACACAGAGGAUCACAACCAGUUUCUCCUCAACUACCCCUCACUGCCAGCACUCAGUGAGUCUACACACUCAUCCAGGAUCAACAUCCGUCCUCUGAGACACUUUGAGGACGUGACAGCAGCUGUGUCAGAGCUCAGAGAUAAACUACACAACAUCCUGAGAGACUCAUGGACAAACAUCUUACACAGACUUAAUGAUGUGGAUGUUUUACUGCCAGGACCAGAACCAAAGAGCAGAGCUGGAUUCUUAAAAUACUCAUGUGAAAUCACUCUGGAUCCAAAGACAGCACACACACGGUUGUUACUAUCAGAGGGGAACAGGAAGGUGACAGGAAUAACUCAGGAUCAGUCUUAUUCUAGUUACCCAGACAGAUUCACUAAUUGGUGGCAGGUUCUGAGUAGAGAGAGUCUGACUGGACGAUGUUACUGGGAGGUGGAGAGGUGUGGGACAGUUGAUGUAGCAGUCGCAUACAAGAACAUCAGCAGAGCAGGAGAUAAGAAUGAAUGUGGAUUUGGAAAUAAUGAAAAGUCUUGGGCUUUAGAGUGUUCCCAAAACAAUUUUCACUUUGGACAUAACAACAUCUGGACCUCCAUCUCUGGUCCAGUUCCCUCCAGAAUCGGAGUGUACCUGGACCACAGAGCAGGUAUUCUGUCCUUCUACAGCGUCUCUGAAACCAUGACUCUCCUCCACAGAGUCCAGACCACAUUCACUGAACCGCUACUGGCUGGAGUUUGGGUUGGUUACACUGAAGACUCAGCAGAGUUCUGUAAACUCUUUUAGAUUUUCACUCUUUUUUCUGAUUGUUGAUCAGGGUUCAUUGUUCUGAUGCCUCUGCUGUUCUGUUCUUUAUUUUUCUGGCUUAAAUGUAAUUCUCUGUGUUCCAGGAAAGAAA